AAUAUGUAUAAUUAUCCAUGUUUUCAAUAAAUAGAGCCAUAUAUACUUAGUGGAAAGUCUUUCUUGAGAGGUUCUUACAUAAAAACAAACCUUUUCUCCUUCGGUUUCCAUCAUCGAUCGAUUCUUGUCAUCGAUUUUCUUCCUUUCUUAAAUUUACUUACAUAAAACCCUAAUCAAACCGGAACAGUAUAUAACAUGGCGGAGGAAUCGUAUGACGAAGAGUGCGACUACCUAUUCAAGGCGGUGCUGAUAGGAGACUCCGCUGUCGGAAAAUCAAACCUCUUGUCGAGGUUCUCGAGGGAUGAGUUUCGGUUAGACUCUAAACCGACCAUCGGUGUAGACUUUGCUUACCGGAAUGUUCGCGUGGGUGAUAAGACUAUAAAGGCUCAGAUAUGGGACACCGCCGGCCAAGAAAGAUUUAGAGCAAUAACGAGUUCGUAUUACCGUGGAGCCUUAGGAGCUUUACUAAUCUACGACAUCACAAGACGAAUCACUUUCAAAAACAUUGAAAAAUGGUUGUCCGAGCUCAGAGGCUUCUCCAGUCCCGAGACCGUCGUUGUUCUCGUCGGUAACAAAUCCGAUCUCGGGCAGUCUAGAGAAGUUGAAGAAGAAGAGGGUAAGACUCUAGCAGAAUCAGAGGGUCUCUAUUUUCUCGAAACAUCGGCUUUAGAGAACCAAAAUGUUGAGGAAGCCUUUCUAAGCAUGAUCGGGCGAAUACAUGAGCUUUUGACUCAGAAGAUCGCUGUAGACAAUAGACUCAACGGUGACGGUAACAACGAAAGUAACGGUGCGGUCAUUCCCGCCGGUAAAGAGAUUGUGAAUAUUCAUGAAGUUACCGCCACUCGACCGUUGAGUACUUCUUUGUCCAAUUGUUGCUACAAUCCCGUGAAGCAAAAUGGCGAAUUGGAUCUCGUCGAAGCUCAAAGCAGCCGAAACGAUUCUUCAACAGAGUCUUGCGUUCUUGUCGAAUUUGUACUUGGUACCACAAAAUUUGUGCUAAUUGGAGAUUAUGUAAACUGUGCUUUGCAGCUUGAUCAGCAGGCAGCAGAGUCUCUUCGAAAAGAUGAGAAGUCUGAGACUUAUGAUGAGGUGUUUGAGACUUCUCCAAAAUCUGGAAGUAGCCCUGUUUCGUUGAAAGAUCAGUUGAGGAAGAAGACACAUGAAGGUAGUGAUUCUGGCGGUGGAUCUCAGAGAAACUCAACAGAGCAAAAGCCUAGUUACUUAAGUAGCACCAAAAAAUUACGCAAACAAGAUCAAUCACAAGAAAGGACAAGUUCACCGUCACAAAGUUUGACACAAGAUAAAACUAAACUCACUGACAGUGACUGGACAGAACUUCUGAGUACUCCAAAUCAGGGUAACAGCACUUCUAAACCUCGUACCCCCGGAGGAACAUCUGUGAAUCGGGGAUUGAAGAAGGAUGGAAAAAGACAUGGGAAUUUGGGGAAAAAUCAUUUGGUAUCUGAUGGAAAGAAGAGUAGUAGUGGUAAUGUGGUUGAUUCCAGAGGGAGGCUUCAAAAAAAGACGAAUAAGGAACCAAGCGACAAGGAAGUGUCUAGCCCUUCUGAUGCUGACAUGGAAAGUAGGAAUGCUCCUCGGGAUAUAUUUGUGAACUCAACUCAUAAAGAGAGUGAGAAGGAUGUCAGUGGUAAGCUACCUCCCCUGGAUGACUCCAGAAAAUCGGCCAAUGAGACUCUCCCUAGGGUAACAUUACCAAGUGUAGGAAAAAGGGAUGGUCGUGAGUCCAGAAAAAGUUCUGUAUGGGGAAAGCAGGUGAGGGAAGAAGUCUCACAGAGCAAUGUUUCUGAUGGUCUAAAGAGGAAAGAUUCUUCCUUGUCAAGUGAUGAAUCUGAAUCCGAUUAUGAGUCUGAUUCGAGCACUGACUCUGAGAGGGAGCGUCAGAGGGAAGAACGUAGGAGGAGGAGAGAGAGAAUUUUUGCUGAAAAAGUUGCAACAAAAGCUGUAGCAGUCAUCAAAGAGCGAGAGAAUAUGGUAGCAAGACUUGAGGGUGAAAAAUUGAGUUUAGAGAAAAUAGUCGAAGAACGAGCGAAACAACAAGCACAAGAGGCUGCGGAGUUGCAAACAAACAUGAUGGAAACAUUGGAAGCUGCUGACCUUGAAAAGCAGAAGCAUAACAAUACAAGAAUGGAAGUUCUCACACGCUUGGCUGGAUUAGAGGCUGCAAACGCUGAACUUACAAGAUCGCUUGCCGCUGGGCAGAAGAAACUUGAGACCCAGAUAGAUCAGGUAGCAGUACUCCGACAACAAGUUGAGCUUAAAGAGUCUACUCUGGAAGAACUGAAGCGAGAUACUUUUAAUAUUGGGGGAAGUGGAACAACUUUAAAACAGUUAGAUACUUCUAGAGGAGACAUAUUCGAACACCAAAUGCUUGAAGCAGAGAUUUCUUUGCUGACUGAUAAAAUUGGGCGGUUACAAGAUAAGGCAACUAAACUUGAAGCAGACAUAGAAUUGAUGAGAAAGGAACUCGAAGAACCAACUGAAGUGGAAAUUGAACUGAAACGAAGACUUAACCAGCUAACUGACCAUCUUAUUCAAAAACAAUCCCAGGUGGAAGCGCUUUCCUCAGAGAAAGCAACCAUAUCGUUUAGAAUCGAGGCCGUAUCAAGGCUUAUAGAAGAAAACAAAGGUAUGUCUGCUACUGAAGCCUCGUCCCAAGAUCUUGAAGCAGGAGAUUGGGAACUCUCGGGAUCAAAGUUUAAACCAGCUUUCCAAGAAAAAAUCCGGUCAGGCAAGAAACAUUUGGGAUGGCUAGUGAUGCAACUAAACGCUAUAUUCGUCUCGGGAACUGUCUUCUUGCGUAGAAACCCGACUGCCAAAAUCUGGGCUGUGGUCUAUCUGGUUUGCCUUCAUCUAUGGGUAUUAUACAUCCUACUCUCUCACUCCGAUGCUUCUUCUUCAGGUGAACUUAGAUCAGGUGCAGUGAUUUCCUUAGAGAACUUCAGUAACAGUUCACUUCAAUAGCUUAUCCUUAGAGAACUUUUCUUUUGAAUCAUAUGUAAUUUUCCUUCCAACAUUUUUUGAAGCUUGGUUUGAAUCUUAUUGUAUUCUCAAUCAAUGUAUCAAUUAACU